AGUGGGCGUGGAGACCAGGAAGGAGGAUCGGGGCCAGCUGCCGUUGCAAGCCUCUUGCACAAGGGCCACAAGGACGUAGGCAGGCCAAGAACCUGCUGGUCGCUGCGUCACUUAAGGGCGUACAAACCUCUGGACCAGCUCAGGGACGGCGAACCCCAAACCUCAGGACCAGCUCAGGGACGGCGAACCCCAAACCUCAAGACCAGCUAAGGGGCGGCGAACCCGGACGCACCCUCCCGCGUGUGCCCGCGCAGAGAUCGGUGCUCCCCUAACCUUUAAUUGGGUUUUUUUAGGAGAUAAACGGCACUCAGCUGAGUUCCCAAGACUGAGAGGAGUUGGAGUGAUUAGAAACUGAUUCACGGUAAAGCUCCAGACCCAGAAAAGUGGUGAAACCAGAUGAAGCGACACCAUGGCUGACAUCAGGACCAGAUGCACUGAUCAACACGCCCUACCCUAGCGCCUACCAAUCAGUAGAGACCAUCACCUUGACCAUGACCCUAACUCCCUUAGUCACCGUGAUGAAUGAUUUUCCCCCUAUAUAAUCCACCCUCUGAAGUACAUGAUGGUUCAGGGUCUUUCAGCAUUAGCUCACCUGUGACUCCAGGUUUAGUGAAAAUGUCUCAAAAAAUCCAUGGCGGUUCAGUGGUAGAGAUGCAAGGAGAUGAAAUGACACGAAUCAUUUGGGAGUUGAUUAAAGAAAAACUCAUUUUUCCUUAUGUGGACCUGGAUCUGCACAGCUAUGAUUUAGGCAUCGAGAAUCGUGAUGCCACCAACGACCAGGUCACCAAGGAUGCCGCAGAAGCUAUAAAGAAGUACAACGUUGGCGUCAAGUGUGCCACCAUCACCCCCGAUGAGAAGAGGGUUGAGGAGUUCAAGUUGAAACAAAUGUGGAAGUCGCCCAAUGGCACCAUCCGAAAUAUUCUGGGUGGUACUGUCUUCAGGGAAGCUAUUAUCUGCAAAAACAUCCCCCGGCUUGUGAGCGGAUGGGUGAAACCCAUCAUCAUAGGUCGUCAUGCGUAUGGGGAUCAGUACAGAGCAACUGAUUUUGUUGUUCCCGGGCCUGGAAAAGUAGAGAUAACCUACACGCCAAGUGAUGGAUCCCCAAAAAAGACAUACGUGGUACAUAACUUUGAAGAGGGUGGUGGUGUUGCCAUGGGGAUGUACAAUCAAGAUAAGUCAAUCAAAGAGUUCGCACACAGUUCUUUCCAGAUGGCUUUGUCCAAGAGUUGGCCUUUGUACCUGAGCACCAAAAACACUAUUCUGAAGAAAUAUGAUGGGCGUUUUAAAGACAUCUUUCAGGAGAUCUAUGAGAAGCAGUACAAAUCCCAGUUUGAGGCCCAGAAGAUCUGGUAUGAGCACAGGCUCAUCGAUGACAUGGUGGCCCAAGCCAUGAAGUCGGAGGGGGGCUUCAUCUGGGCCUGUAAAAACUACGACGGCGACGUGCAGUCCGACUCCGUGGCCCAGGGUUAUGGCUCUCUGGGCAUGAUGACCAGCGUGCUGAUUUGUCCAGAUGGCAAGACGGUGGAAGCAGAGGCUGCCCACGGGACUGUAACGCGUCACUACCGCAUGCACCAGAAGGGGCAGGAGACAUCUACCAAUCCCAUUGCUUCCAUUUUUGCCUGGACCAGGGGGUUAGCACACAGAGCCAAGCUCGAUAACAACAAAGAGCUCGGCUUCUUUGCAAAGGCUUUGGAAGACGUCUGUGUGGAGACCAUCGAGGCUGGCUUCAUGACCAAGGACUUGGCUGCUUGUAUUAAAGGUUUGCCCAAGUAAGUGUAAGAUGCCGUGAGCU